AUGUUCGCCCCCAAGACCCUCGUCGCUGUUCUCGCCACCAUGGCCACCAUUGCCUCUGCUGCCCCUGCUGUUGCUGCCAGCGGCACCAGCACCAGCUUCCAGCUGGGCAACGGCAACCCUGUCACUAAGAAAGAUGGUUGCAUCCUCGAGGUUAUUUCCGAACACGGCAGCGGUGUCAACGCCGUUAUUGUCCUUGAUGGAAUUAAGAACUGCGACAAGGUCACCACCAAGGUAUCUGGCCCAGCUGGCAACGGCACCGCUGGUGUGGACUUUUCGCUCUCUCCUCCCGGAGCCUUUUUCAUUCAGACCGACUACUUGGCUCAGUGCAACAUCACCAAUAUGGCAUGCAAGGCCGCUUACUAG